AUGCUCCGAUGGGUGCGUGGCUUCGUGCUGACCGUCAGCAGUAACGACGAAGACGAAGAGUCCAACCGCCGGUAUGAAAACUUGUUUCGGCAGCUGGACCGCAACGGGGACGGGAAGGUGGACAUCAUCGAGCUGCAGGAGGGUCUCGGGAAGUUGGGCGUUCCCCUAGGAAAAGACGCGCAUGAGGAUCUUUUAAAGGCUAGUGAUACUAACAAGGAUGACCAGCUAGACUUUGAAGAAUUUAUGCAGUACCUUGAAGACCAUGAGAAAAAAAUGAGGUUGGCAUUUAAUAGCCUGGACAGAAAUCAAGAUGGAGUAAUUGAAACCUCAGAAAUUAUCCAGUCUCUCAAGAUACUAGGUAUAGAAAUUUCUCAACGACAGGCAGAGAGAAUUCUUCAAAGCAUUGAUACUGAUGGGACAAUGUCAGUGGACUGGAAUGAAUGGAGGGAUUACUUUUUAUUUAACCCAGCAACAAAUGUUGAGGAAAUUGCACGGUUUUGGAAACGUUCUACUGGGAUCGACAUAGGGGAUAGUGUAACUAUUCCUGAUGACUUCACAGAAGAAGAAAGAGAAUCUGGCAAGUGGUGGAGACACCUGCUGGCAGGUGGGAUAGCUGGUGCAGUCGCUAGAACCUGCACAGCACCCCUAGAUCGGCUGAAAAUCAUCAUGCAGGUCCAGGGCGUAGACUCAAAGCAAAUUCAUAUUGUUGAUGGAUUUAAGUUUAUGUUGAGAGAGGGAGGCAUCCUAUCCUUUUGGAGGGGAAAUGGUGUGAAUGUUUUAAAAAUUGCACCAGAAACAGCUGUUAAGGUCUUAGCAUAUGACCAGUAUAAGAAGUUGUUUACUCAGGACAUUACCAAAAUUAACAAUAUUGAGAGAUUUGUUUCUGGUUCUUUGGCUGGAGCGACUGCACAGACGUUUGUCUACCCCAUGGAGGUUGUAAGGACCAGGCUGGCUCUAAGUAAAACUGGACAAUACUCAGGGAUGUUUAAUUGUGCCUUGCAAAUUGCGAAGAAUGAACACCUUGCAGCUUUUUACAAAGGCUAUAUCCCUAAUUUUCUGAGCAUCCUUCCUUACGCAGGCAUAGAUUUAUCUGUCUAUGAGAGUUUGAAGAAUUACUGGCUAAAUAAUUACGCUGAAGACUCUGUAAACCCUGGGGUGUUGCUGCUGCUGCUAUGUAGUGCUUCAUCUAACUUUUGUGGUCAAUUAGCCAGCUACCCUCUGAACCUAGUGAGGACUCGGAUGCAGGCCGAAGGAGCUCCACAAAAGAAUGUCUUUUAUUUCUUUCAAGAAAUAAUUUUCAAAGAUGGGCUAACAGGCUUAUUCAGGGGCAUCACUCCAAACUUUGUGAAGUUGUUUCCAGCAGUCGGCAUCAGCUGUUUGGUUUUUGAAAAAGUAAAAUACUUUGUGGGAGCACACUAG